AUGACUCGUAUAUUUUGCGACAGGACGUAGACCGGCUCGCCGUCGCUGCCUCACCUCAGUUUGCAUGAAAGGCUUGAUCAUUGGUCGUUUUGUUGUUGUUUUUUUUAAAAAGCGCAAAACAACACAACAAAGCCCAUGCGCCUCCGCCGAGCGUCUCCAAUGUGAUGCGGGGUCUGCGGCCGCCUGAGAAUAAAACGCUCGGUUGGUUUUGAGGAGGACGACGUCGUUGCGCGCGGACCACCCCGCUGCCGACCGGAACCCGGAGCCAAUGACGCAGAGGACCGCGCCGCCGCCGCCGCCGCCGCCCGGGUCUCCUGUGCUCCGCGCUGGGCUCCCGUAGCCCACCCAUGCCUGUGAUCCCCAUCCCACGGCGGGUGCGCAGCUUCCACGGCCCCCACACCACCUGCAUGCACUCGGCCUGCGGGGCGACGCACGCGUCCAAGCUGGUGCGCACCAAGUACAACAACUUCGACCUGUACCUGCGCUCGCGCUGCAUGUACAGCUUCCUCCGCUUCCUGCUGUAUUUCGGCUGCAGCCUGCUGACCUCGCUGCUCUGGGUCGCGCUCGCCGCGCUCUUCUUCCUGCAGUACGUCAGCGUGCGCGUGCUCCUGCGGCUGCAGUACAAGCUGUCCGUCAUCCUGCUUCUGCUCGGCCACCGCCGCCUGGACUUCGGCGUGGUCAACGACCUGAUCAUCUACAGCAUGCAGAUCACCAUGUUCCUCGUGGGGGGGCUCGGCUGGUGCUUUAUGGUCUUCGUGGACAUGUAGCCCCGGCGGAAGCGAGGCCGGGGACUCCUCUGACACGUCGGACUCUUUCAACACGUCCCCGUGGAGUCCUCUGUCGCUAUUUGACAGCAGCUUCUAAAAUCAAAUUGGUUUAGUUUCAGAAAUGCUAGAAUCCAACGGGGACCAGUGUAUCAUGUGUGAAUUCUGAGUCUAAAGAGUGACUAUAGAGUCCUUAUAAAGGUUCGACUCAGAACUGUCUAAAUGCUGGACAGUCUGAACACAACUGGACUCAUCAUGUGGGACUCUCGUGGUCCAGCAUCUUUUCCAUCACAUGCCAUUUGUAAACCGUCGUCGUAUAUAUAUUUCGAUGAGCGUCUUUAAUUGAAAGUCGUUUGUUUACAAUAAAAGAGAAGGCCAAGUGGGUGCAGCGUGA